AUGGUGAUCGAACCGGAUGGUAAUGCUCAUGGAGUGUUCGUAUUGAAUACCAACGCGCAGGAGGUGACAACAGCACCAGGACCGACUCUUAUUUACCGCACAAUAGGGGGAAAUCUUGAUCUUUACUUCUUCCCCGGGCCGACACCGGAAGAAGUUACACAGCAGUACCUAGAACUGAUUGGAAAACCUUUCUUGCCCGCUUACUGGGCGCUCGGAUUCCAAAUCAGUCGUUACGGGUAUAAACAUUUUGGCGAACUAAACGCAACAAUUGAAAGGAAUAUCGCUGCUGGAAUACCAUUCGAUACAGUUGUUUGUGACAUCGAUUACAUGGACUCGUGGAGAGAUUUCACCAUUGGAGAUGUGAAAAUCUGCUUGAACUUUAUUUUUAACUUCAAGAAUUUGCCGGCAUACAUUAGGACGUUGCGCAGCAGGGGAAUGCGAAGUGUAUUCAUAUUUGAUCACGCUAUAGCAGUUAACUAUACGCCUUUCGAAAGAGCAAUGAAAGCGGGAGCUCGAUUUGUUGAAUGGGAAAGGAAGGACCAAGUGAUGCGUUCCGCUCAAGAACGUUAUGCACUGGUCAAUGACACGAAAAUAAUGCUUGGCGUCUUGUUUCCGAGCGAUUAUACGGCUUUCCCUGAUUUUUUAGAUGAUAAUACAGCAAAUUGGUGGAUUGACGAAUUUGCAAAAUUUCAUGAAGAG